AGAGCAUUUAAAGUGCUAUCAUCUUAAUAGAAAUCUGGCUUUUAGUCGUCAGGAUACGAGUCAUCACCACAGACAAGAGUUAAUAGCUUUAAGAACCAAUCUGAUACCCUACCAGUAAACAAAGAAUCUUCUGUUUUAUCAAGUUGUAGAAAAACCAUUAAAUUUAACAGAUAGGAUAUUUAGUGUAGACUUUGCACAUCGUAGCGGUAUACUGAUAUCGACAAUAAAUCAUUUAAGAAUGGCGCUGGCCAUUAGAAGCGAUAAUUGUAAUUCCGGCAAGAGAUGCGUCGUUCAGGGGUUUACAUUGUAAAUGAACCAAAGCAAGAAGAUUCUGAAGCUCUUACUGCAGGAAACGGAAGUCCGGAUCACGUGUUUUUAAAUAAAAUGGAAGAGGGAGACGAUGUCCAAAAUGUACUUACUGAAGAGGAAACACUACCUAUAGAAGCUUCUACUCCUAAAAAGAAGAAAGAGAAAAAGAGAAGAUUGCCUUCAGUAUACAGAUCAGCACUUAUCAAGCUUGUAUGUGGAGUGUACGCCUUAAUCAUUAUAGUGCUAGGACUUGUAUUUUCUAUAGCUUCAUCGUUAACAGCAGAGGAAAGGGUUCAUAAAUAUUACCUUGAGGUCUUCCUAGUAUACUUGUAUGUUUUGUCACUUGGAAUAGUUAUCUAUUUCCAACUGUUUUUGUUGAGUGGUGUUAAGGUAAAAACAAAUUACUUCGAACCUAACAUACGGGUAACAGUCAAACAAGAUGGCAGUGCCAAUGUACAUAAGUCGCCGACUGCUUCGCCGUACCCAGGACGAAUUACAGAAAAUAACCAUGAAGAUAAACCGUCGCUUACAGAAGAUGUUGAAAGGAAUGGGGACCAGUUGUCUGUGGGAAGUUAUCACAGCCAUUUCGAGAUGCCACCAGUUGGGGGUGUUGCUCAUGUCGGCGAAGGAAUCAAUUUUUAUCUUCGCCUUGGUGCUUUAGCGUUUGCGUUCGGAAGUGUGACCUUGGAUGGCCUUAACAUUGCCACCUAUUUUGAAACCCAGAUGACAGAGACAUGCGAAAGCCAAAUAUUCAUCUUGGUUUACGCACUCCACCUGUUAUUUACAUUUGUUCAGACAUUUUUCUUAUUCAAGAACCACAAGCUUGUUAUUGACAAGAGUAAGCCAAUUGUACGGUUCGGAAUGAUGCACCUAAUGGCAACCAACAUAUGUGUUGUCAUUGUUACUAUCAUUACGGAAACUGCCGAAGAUUACCGAUUUGACUCAUUUGCUGCUCUGAAUAUAACUUCAGGUCUUGUAAAGAGUUGCUACGAGGAAGUCACGCUUGCCAGAUCAGCAUCUCCAUAUUUGUUUCCUUGUACCAUUAUUUACAGCAUAAUUGCUGCUGGAAUAAUUUACCGUUUGUAUCAGUAUAUUGGGAAACGAAUCAAACAAAGAUGGCCGAGUCACACAUCCUUGACUAGCUCCGUUCCUGCUGGUGCUACAUCAAUCGAUUGCGAGAAAGCAAACAAGGGAUUAUUUCUUGGUAUGUUAAUCGCAGUUGUAACCCUAAUUGCGAUUGCCACUUUCUUUGUUUUCGAAAGCAGAAUAAAAGACACGAGUACGGCCAUUAAAAUCCUGUUCACAACAGAAAUUGUUCUCAUGGUGAUCACAAGUAUUGGGAUUAUCUGGGGAUAUGUCCGUCUGGCCAAACUCAAAUUUCUACAGAACAUGUUCUUCUCUGUUGAUUCAGUCCUGUUGUUGGUGGCAUUAUCCGGGUCGUUCAUUUACCUGUUCUUUACGUUGAUUUCGGUGUGUUCGAUUACACAGUCGUUCGAUUCCGUUGUUAUUAUCAACCUGGUAACAAUAAUACUAUCGGUGUGUCAGAUUACUGUUCAAACAGUUUUCAUACUUGAUGGAUUAUGUCGCUGCUCAAAGAAUGAUGACCAGUGCGCAGCAAAACCUGGACGCGCUGUGGUGACAUUUUUAUUAAUAUGCAAUCUGGCGCUUUGGUGUGUUAGCAUGUUUGAAGUGAAGAAGACAAAAGUAUUAUGGUUCCAUGAUGAAUUUUAUGGAAAAUUAGCAUGGAAUAUCAUUACACAUCACUGCGUACCUACUUUAAUUUUCUUCCGUUUCCAUUCAGCUAUCUGUCUCUCAAAAAUCUGGUACAAUGCGUAUCAGAAAGAAAAAGCAUCUUAGUUUUAUAGCAGGUGCGAAUGCAAACCAAAUACUUAAAUGGCAUAUAACAUUUUUAUAAUGCCAAGAGGCAGCAUUAUGAUAUUUACUGAACAUUUUAGUGGAGAAAAACGGGCAAAUUAGAACUUUGGAUAUACAACAUUUUACACACUACUAUCAAUGCAAGGACUUCUUUUUUGACAUUUGUUUUUUUUUUAUUUUAUGAUUUUGAAAACAUUUCUUUGAACUUUCAUUUGUACAAUAUUCAGGAAAAGUGACGAUUUAUAAAUAACUUUGAGAUGAGAAAUUAUUUCUCUUGCCAUUGGUGCAUAAAUCUAUUUGAUGGAUUUACAUGGAAGCAAACUGUGCCUUGAUUCUUUUUAUCCAAGAAAACUUGAGGAAACAGCACAUGUUUUUCGUAUUGGUGCAUGUAUCUUUCGAUGGAUUUUUAAAAUGAAUGUGAACUCCGUCUUGUUUACUUUAACAAUAUGGUAAAACUAUAUAUAUCAACUAUUAACUGUAGAUUUUGUAUAUAUAGUUGACGUUGUUUUCAUUAUUUAUUCGUAUGUAUACUGGCAAAAAUUAUCAUGUGUGGAAGACGGAAAGGACAUAAGACAUUUAUAUGAUUGCAGUCAUAUCUGUGGAAUGAAAACAUUCGUUAAAAUGAGUUUGAAUUGCUUUGUAAUAGAUUUCGGUACAUGGCUUGAAUUUCAUAACUAAAUAAUGCAAAGAAUGAGUGUUAACAAAGUUCUUAAAUGAUUGAAUGUUUAAUGAGAACGAGUAGUUCCGACGUGUUGGAGUGUCAAUUUUCAUUUGUUGUCCAUAAAGGAAGAGCUUUUAAUUGCUUGUCAUUGGAUACCACCAAUUUGUGUAUGAAUGUACUCUGUUGCAUUUACCUCAAAUCAUGUCAACUUUAUAAUAGUUUAGUUCCAUUAUAAAUAUGAAUACCGGUAUUAAUUGUUUUUCAUGUAGUUCAUAAUUUGUAUUUUUAUAACAAUAGCUUAGAAUAAAUUAUAAAUGUAGA